AUGAGUGGCAGAACCCCUUCUAGAUCGUACGACAUGAUUAUGAAAUUAUUAUUGGUGGGAGACUCGGGAGUUGGCAAGUCAUGUCUCUUGUUAAGAUUUGUGGAAGACAAGUUUAACCCGUCCUUCAUUACAACCAUCGGUAUUGAUUUUAAGAUUAGAACGAUUGAAAGCAAAGGUAAAAGAAUCAAGUUACAGGUAUGGGAUACAGCCGGCCAGGAGAGAUUUAGGACCAUCACAACCGCUUAUUAUAGAGGUGCAAUGGGUAUUGUUUUGAUCUAUGAUGUGACUGAUUCCCGGUCUUUCGAAAAUGUUGAAAAUUGGUUUGAGACCGUCACUCAACAUGCCAAUGAAGACGCACAAAUAUUUUUGGUGGGUAAUAAAUGUGAUGAUGAAGAGAGCAGGCAGGUCUCCAAAGAACAGGGACAGGCUUUAGCGGCUAAACUCAAUAUUCCCUUCUUAGAGGCUAGUGCAAAAAGUAAUGAAAAUGUUGAUUCAAUCUUUUAUGAACUAGCAGGUAUUAUCCAAGAAAAACACGUCGAUUCUGAAGUUCCUCAAGCUUCUUCUGCAUCAUCGGGUGGAAUCGAUGUCUCUCAGAGUGCUACAAACUUUAAAAACAACUGCUGCUAA